UACUGUCAACAGAUCUGAAUGGCCACACGCUUCUUUUUUCAUAUAUAUUUUAUUACGCAACAGUGGACUUCUUGUACUUUCCCACGCAAAAUGAUUCUUGAAAGCAGACUAUCGAAGCUUAAAUCAUACUUAAGUCCGACCUGCACAUACAUGUACAUGUAGACCAAAGAUCGUAGCGGUAUUCGAUCUUUGACAUGGACUCAUCAGCUUCAGAAGGCUCUUUUCAGAGUUACGAUUAUAGCCUUCAUUCAAGUCGGAAGUCUCAGGCGUGUGUGUAAUAAUUAUACCCGUUCCCGGCCGCAUCAGCACAGUGAAUGUGGAGUGAGCUCGCGAACGUAGCUUGCAGGACUUGCACGCACUUUCACUGGUACGAUACCUCGGCAGCAGCAAUCAUGACAGAGUGUAACCGUUUGAAAGCAGCCCUCGUACUGGUUCUUCUUUCUUUCCAUGGAAUGACAGUGUUGGGGCAGCAUUCCUGCCAGCUGAAGUGCUCAAAUGUGGGCACCUGCUUCUCAUAUGGGGGAGUUGUAGCUGACAGUGCACCGGUGGAGGAAUGCCUGUGUCCAGAGAACUUUGCUGGUUUACUGUGUGAAGAACCAGCGUCAUACAUUUACUUGGAGUCGACUGCUUACGCUGUGCCGGAAGUUGAAGGGGAAAUUGUCAUUUCCGUAGUUCGGGAUGGUGAUGUGUACCGACGUUCAACAGUCCAAUUACUGACUUACGCUUUAGACGCCAUGUCCUACGUCGACUUUGCGAGUCAUUUCGAGUUGAUCAUCUUUGAGCCCUUCUCCGAAGUCCAGAAUGUGACGCUCCAGAUCACUGACGAUUCGACCGCUGAGAGCUUCGAGACAUUUGGUGUCUCCCUCCAUAAUCCAACCAAUGGGAGCUUGCAGUAUCCCAGUGACAGUGCAGUGGUGUAUAUACUGGAUGAUGAUGCAAGAUCAUUCCAGGUUUUCCCUCUUCAGUCGACGAUCAGAGUGCCCGAGAACAUCAGAGUCGUGGAAGUUGACCUGCUGAGAUCGGGGAGGCCGAACAGGGUCAUCAACAUCACUGUGUCUCCUUUGAAUGAGAGUAGCUACUACCGUCUCGCACCGAAGGGCGACUUUGCUUUCCUGACGGGAAGAAUGCAGGUGUUUCAGUCUGAUCAGUACCACCUGUCCAUACUUGUUGAGAUUCACGAUGACCAGUUGCAACAGGGGACCAGGGAGUUUACCAUCAUGUACCGAUUGAAACAAGAUGGGCAGAAUAUCAACGGCUUUGUCAGCAUUAUCAUUGAUGAUGAUGAUGUCGCUCGAGAUUUAGACCAAAGUCCUGCCACUCCAAUACAGUCAACGUUACUGUUCUUUGGCCACCUACCAUACAUCACCAGUGAGGGAGACAGGCUACAGAUUCCAAUCUUCCGACUUGGUAACCUCAAUUUGACGAGUCAUAUAGAGAUCUAUACUUUCAACGGAACAGCAGAGGGAGAUGUCGAUUUCUCUCAGACCCAAGAGAUUAUUGAGAUGGAGCCAUUUGUGACAAAUGUGACGUCCAUCGUCCCCAUCAUUGAGGAUACAUUACUGGAGACAGAUGAAACCUUUUAUGUCACCAUGAGCAUAUUAGAAGGUGGCAUUCUUGGACGACCCAGCGAGCAGACAGUAACAGCCAUCAUUAGAGCUGACCCACAGGCCCAAGCAACGGUGCAACUUGUGGGGGCAUCUUUCACCGGCCAGGAGAGCCAAGGUGUGAUAAACAUCAGGGUAUCCAGGCAAGGGUCCCUGGAUGAUCAGGUCUCCGUAGUGGUGUUCACAGUUGGAGACACUGCCCAAUCUUCCGUAGACUUCAUCGCCAUGGAAACAGUCGUUAUCUUCCCACCCCAGGCCACAGAGCAGACCUUCGAGAUUGAGAUCAUCGAUGAUGACUUGGUUGAAGAGACGGAGUCCUUCCAGGUCCGCCUUGGUGCAGUCAGCCAAGGCAUGCUGGGUAAUCCAGAGCGAGCCGAGAUAAUGAUUGUAGACGAUGAUGGAGCAGUUUUUACCACAGUCUCAUCAACUAGUUACUUCAGCACAGUCAUUCCACCCCAGCAGGAUUUCAUCCCAUACAUUAUCAUUGCCGUUGCCAUCAUUGCUGCCCUGAUAUUUGUUGCUGUGAUUGUGGUCAUUUGCUUCUUACGCCGUGGAUCACGAGAGGGACCUUCACUGAAGGUGGAUGAAAUCCCUCUAGACAGUAAACUGUCGAACGUUCGCUCCAACUCCUACCUCAAUCGUGGCUCACCGGUCCCAGUCCAGCGAGGAGAGGCAGUCCCACAGAGAGACGUGAACCCACACACAAAAGAGUACCCCCGCGAGCAGUUGCGUUUCCACGAGGACAUCGGUAGCGGUAACUUUGCUACUGUCUUCAGAGCAGAAGCAAUGGGCAUACACCGGCCUGGGGUGGUGUCAACAGUGGCAGUGAAGGUCCUCAAAGAGACAGCAUCAGAAAGCGACAAGAGCGACUUCCUCAAGGAGCUUGCCCUCUUGAAGGCAUUAGACCCACAUCCCAAUGUCAUGACCCUGCUGGCAUGCUGCACGACGAUUGAACCCCUCUACAUUAUCCUGGACUUCAUGCCGCACGGCAACCUGCAGGGUUACCUCCAGCGGAUCCGGACGGGCAAAGAGAAGGACCACCCAGGCUACCUGGACGCCACCCAGCGAGUCCUCCAGCCGGAGGAGGUGCUGAAGUUUGCCUGUGAGAUAUGCAGGGGGAUGGAAUAUCUGGCAUCCAAGGAGUGUAUCCAUCGAGAUCUUGCCUGCCGUAACAUCUUGCUCUCUGAAGACUACGUCUGCAAGGUGUCCGAUUUUGGCCUGGCCCGCGAGGUUGCUGGUGAUCAUCAGUACGAGAUGAAAUCAAAGGGCAGGGUACCAGUGAGGUGGCUUGCCCCAGAGAGCCUACUCCAUAACCUGUACACAUCACAGAGCGAUGUCUGGUCAUUUGGUGUUCUUAUGUGGGAGUUGGUUACACUUGGAUCCCACCCCUACCCUGGAAUGUCAUCUCAGCAAGUCAUAGCCAAAGUUCGGCAGGGCUAUCGGCUCCCAAAACCAGAGCACUGCAGCCAAGACAUCUACGAGAUGAUGGCCAGUUGCUGGACGGAAGAUCCUGAGAAGAGGCCGACCUUUCAGAGGUUGCGUUUUAACUUUGAGACCAUGCUGAGCGAUGCCCAGGGUUAUCUACGGAUGGAUGGCUUCCGUGAGGAUGAGUAUGUCUACAUCUCGCCUGGGCAGGUGUCAGAUGAGGAGACGGUGCUUUGACUGACAUGAAAAGCCAGCAAAACAUGGGACAGACUUUGGUUCAUCUCUCAAGUGGAAGGCUGCAAUUUUUUUCAGGAUAUUCCCUGGACUUCAGGCAAAUGUCAGGAUAUUUCAUUCAGAAGUUGUGGAUAUUGACAAGUUUGACGAUUCAGAUUUUAUUUGUAGCACUUUGUGGAUAAAACACCAAAUGGUAAUUUCUCAGCUAUUUAAGAAGACAGCUUGUGCAAAUAAAUAGCCCAGAAAGGUCACACUACAAUGCUGGCAUUGUUGCAACUGUUUCUUAGAUUUGUCGUGCAUUUCCCACUAUCUGCCAAUCGCACCCCGACAAGUGCCAGUUUUAGAAUGCAGGAGCUUGGAUUUUGUAAUUCAGCUUGUAGUGCCCCGACUACAAGUCUGUAAAAUUUGGAAAUUUCAGCCUGCGUAUUCAUAAGUGCCUUUUUAUAAAUAGACUGCUAUGUUUUUAUGUUGUACAGGUCAUAAGCUGUUUCCCAAAAUUCAUCUGAAAAGCUUCUUUUGUAGAGAAGAAACUCAAGUGGCAUUGCAUUUGUUAUUUUUGCUGUUAAUUAAGAGAACACCUUUUUCGUUUUAGCUCAUUUGACUUUUUACGUAUUCCUUGCAUUUCAAGGACACUUUCUUUUUGUAAUUCGGUACAUUUAAAAUUAAAGAAAUGUUUCAACAGAUACAAUAUUUUGGUACAGUGCGUAUUGAGCAAAGAUACUUUUACAUGUGUUUCAGACAAGCUGUAUCAAAUAACUGUGUUUGUACCUAAACAGUAUUGCUUUUUGUAACUGCGGCAAAGUUCAAUAUGGGAGUCUGAAAUGAAUCAUGCAGUGCAACUAGUCUGUUUAGAAUCCCUUUUUCUAUCUCGUUUGUUGCCACUCUGCCAUUUUAUUGUUCCCUUGUUGUCCUUUUGCAUUUAUUCAGUUGGAAAACAGAUGAGCCAGCAGAGUACAUCGAGAAUGUCAUGUGGAACCAAUUUUCCAAAUUGGCUAUAUUUUUGUUAGUUCUUUCUGUGUGUGUACUUUUGAGUAAUGGGACGCGAGUGGUGAGGUUUUUGUUUUGUAUUUUUUCGUACAUCAUGUGUGUGCAAGUACUUGAAAAUGUAAUGUAUUUGACUUGUAAAACCAGUUCUAUUUUUAUAGCACGAUUUACAAUUUUAUAUUAUGUCUUUCAGAAUAUAUUUGCAUAUCAAAAGUGUGUUUAAUAAUUGCUCAGUUUAUCAUUUCUUUCAGAUAUAACUUUGGGCAUUUAAAUAAUACCGUCUUUCCUGUCUUUCAGAUUAUAAAUUUUGGUGUCUUAGAAGCUCAUUUUGUAUAUUACAUUUUUUCUAGUAUUCAUAUUAUACAAUAUUCUUAUAAGUGUUGGUUUUUUGUGGACUAAGGGGUUAUUUUUCAAAUUUGAUAGUUUUUUAACAUUUUCAAGUCUUUGUGGAGAUAAUAACUUUGAUGCUGCAUUUUUAGGAUCUCAAGUUUUGACAGUUGCAUAUCUUCCAGUUGUUAAGAAUUAGAACAGGAAACAUUCCGUCAUGUUUGGCAAACUGAUUUAUUGAUCAUUUAUACACAAAUCAAUUUACAGGUAAAUGAGGUAUAAAAGGCCCCAUACCCCUAUUAACUUCCUUAUUAGUGUUAAAUUGUUCCUAGGGUUGUUGACAGGUGGUCGGGCAUACAUGUUGACAGGUGGUCGGGCAUACAUGUGACAGGUGGUCGGGCAUACAUGUGAUUGGUGGAUAAGGGCUGUCAGUUUGUCAUGCUGUACUAUCAGUCAAUUCUUGAUAAAAAUCACGAACUUUACGUUCUGCUUUUCAAAACAGUCUUCCGCAGAUUUGCUGAUUGACGAUUUACUAAUUGUGGCAAACCCCAGAAACAAUGGAUAGUACAGCGUGAUCAAAUGACUGUGCACAUCCACCAAUGACUCUGCCCAAGGGAAGCAUUUAUUGCUGGUAAAAAUGGCAAAUAAAAAUACAGGUUGUUCAAAGAGUUCUUUCUUUGUGAUUUGUAUGUUAAAAAGAAAAACGCGAGGAAGCAUUUUUCCUUCUCGGGCAUUUCUAAGGUGUUCCGAUACCUCCUGAUUUAAACCAAGCACUGCCUCUGUAACCAAGAACUUCACAAAGCCAGUCUGCUCCAGUCCCAUCGCCUUAUCAGACAGGUGUUUCCAUCCAAUUUUCCUUGCCGUGAAAUGACCCUGAAUGUAUUCCAGCUCCUCUGGAUCGGGUGCCGGUACCCAUUACAAUUACUCCUUUGGUAGAGGGAGGCAAGGGGGCUGAAGUGGCUAGGAGCAGCUGCUGUUGACCUUCUGGGCCUAAUUUAAUGGUGCUGCUAAAUACACAAUUUGAGGCCUGCAGGGGCUUCACGUACAUUAUGUCAUGGAAUUUAGUAAGUACCAAAGAUCGUAUAGUGCCGUGUAGCAGC